GCGGCACGUGCGUACGUCAGAGCGCUGUGGUAAGUCCUGGCGAACUGAGCGGCGAGGAAGUCGUUAUCUGAAACUGUCGUCUCUUCUCUAACCUUAAGAGAUGGACACGCUGUAUGUCUCCCCGCACCCUGAUGACUUCAGGAGUCUCCAGGCUCUGAUCGCUGCGGAGUACAGCCCCUCGCGUCCACAUAUUGUCCAUGGGGACCACCCUGAGACCAAGUCUCGGCCUGCGCUGGUUGUAGGCAGUAGUGGCUCUGUUCUGACUGAGGUCAGUGCUGUCAGCUGGUACCUCUCCCACAGGGGGAAGGACAGUGAUGCAAAGGCUGACAGCCAAGUGUGGCAGUGGCUGAGCUUUGCUGAGAACGAGUUGACUCCUGUGGCUUGUGGGAUUGUCUUCCCACUGCUGGGUGCGAUGGCAGUGGACAAGCAGGUUCAGCAGAACUUGUGGAUGCAGCUUAAGCGCGUCCUGGGUGCCUUGGACCAAACACUGAAGCCCAGAACAUAUCUUGUGGGAGAAAAAAUCUCUCUGGCUGACAUUGCAGUCGCUAUGGCCGUUCUCCUGCCUUUUAAAUACGCCUUGGAGCAGUCAGACAGAAAAUCUUUUGUUAAUGUAACCAGGUGGUUCCUUACCUGCAUUAACCAGCCGCAGUUUGCAAAGGUUCUUGGUAAAGUCACGCUCUGUGAGAAAAUGGUUCCAAUUUCCACUAUUGCAAACUCUACCUCCAGCCCCACUGUCAAUGGCACAGCCAUUAAUGACACAGCAAUGAAUGGCAAAGCUGUGGAUGAUAAGCCCAAGACAGAAGCCCAGCUAAAGAAAGAGGCAAAGAAGCGAGAGAAGAUGGAGAAGUUCCAGCUGAAAAAAGAGAUGGAGGAGAAGAAGAAGCAGGAGCCAAAAACAGAGAAAAAGACCAAGCCAGAGAAGAAAGAUCUAGGAGUCAUCACAUACAACAUCCCCACUCUCCCUGGGGAGAAAAAAGAUGUCCUGAGCCCUUUGCCAGAUUCCUACAGUCCCCAGUAUGUGGAGGCUGCCUGGUAUUCAUGGUGGGAAAAGCAGGGGUUCUUCAAGCCUGAAUAUGGGCACCAUAGUGUGAGUGAGCCAAACCCCCGUGGAAUCUUCAUGAUGUGCAUCCCUCCUCCCAAUGUGACUGGAUCUCUUCACUUAGGCCAUGCACUCACCAAUGCCAUCCAAGACUGUCUGACUAGAUGGCACAGAAUGCGUGGUGAAACCACCCUGUGGAACCCUGGCUGUGACCAUGCAGGUAUCGCCACCCAGGUGGUGGUGGAGAAGAAGCUGAUGAGGGAGCGAGGCCUGAGCCGUCAUGAUCUCGGCAGGGCGAACUUCAUCCAGGAAGUGUGGAAAUGGAAGAAUGAAAAGGGUGACCGUAUCUAUCACCAGCUGAAGAAGCUUGGCUCUUCACUGGACUGGGACAGAGCUUGUUUCACCAUGGAUCCUAAACUAUCCUAUGCAGUCCAAGAAGCCUUCAUCAGGUUGCAUGAAGAAGGGGUGAUCUACAGGAGCAAGAGGCUGGUCAACUGGUCCUGUACCCUUAACUCUGCCAUCUCGGACAUAGAGGUGGAUAAGAAGGAGCUGAUUGGAAGAACUCUGAUGCCGGUUCCAGGGUACAAAGAGAAAGUAGAGUUUGGAGUGCUAGUCUCUUUUGCAUACAAAAUCGAGGGGACAGAUGAGGAAGUAAUAGUGGCAACCACUCGUAUCGAAACGAUGUUGGGAGACACUGCUGUAGCUGUCCAUCCCUUGGACCCCAGAUACCAGCACCUCAAAGAGAAGAAAGUGGUUCACCCAUUCUGUGAUAGGACGAUGCCCAUCGUCUUUGACGAGUUUGUUGACAUGAACUUUGGAACAGGUGCUGUGAAGAUUACUCCAGCCCAUGAUCACAAUGAUUAUGAAGUUGGAGUGAGACACAAUCUGGCCUUCAUAAAUAUCUUGGAUGAAAAUGGCUACCUCAUCAAUGUUCCACCUCCCUUUCUGGGGACGAAGAGGUUUGAGGCCAGGAACGCUGUUCUACAGGCUCUGAAGGACAAGGGCCUGUUCAAGGAAGUGAAGGACAACCCUAUGGUGGUACCUGUAUGCAGUCGCUCAAAGGACAUUGUGGAGCCAUUGCUGAAGCCUCAGUGGUAUGUGGACUGCACAGACAUGGCUCGCCAGGCAGCUGAUGCAGUCCGGGAGGGCAGGCUCAAGAUCAUUCCUGAUCACCACCUCAAGACCUGGUUUAACUGGAUGGACAACAUCAGGGACUGGUGUAUCUCUCGCCAGCUGUGGUGGGGUCACAGAAUCCCAGCAUACUUCAUUACAGUGAAUGACCCCUCUGUCAAACCUGGGGAGGACACAGACGACAAGUACUGGGUGAGCGGCAGGACUGAGGAAGAGGCCAGGGACAAAGCAGCCAAACGUUUUGGUGUUUCAGCUGAGAAAAUUUCUCUCAGACAGGAUGAGGAUGUGUUGGACACCUGGUUUUCCUCUGGCAUCUUCCCCUUCUCUAUUUUUGGCUGGCCUAAUGAGUCUGAGGACCUGCGAGUGUUUUACCCUGGCACCCUGUUGGAGACAGGAUACGACAUUCUGUUCUUCUGGGUAGCCAGAAUGGUGAUGAUGGGCAUCAAGCUGACUGGGCAACUUCCCUUUAAAGAGGUAUACCUGCAUGCUGUUGUGAGAGAUGCUCAUGGGAGGAAGAUGAGCAAGUCCCUGGGAAACGUUAUUGAUCCCUUGGAUGUUAUCACCGGGAUAUCUCUGGAGGGUCUACAUGCGCAACUGAAAGACAGCAAUUUGGACCCAGUGGAGACUGAGAGGGCCGAACAGGGUCAGAAAUCGGACUACCCUAACGGCAUCCCCGAGUGUGGGACUGAUGCUCUUCGGUUUGCCCUCUGCGCCUACACCAGUCAAGGCAGAGAUAUUAACCUAGAUGUGAACCGCAUCCUCGGCUACAGGCACUUUUGCAACAAGCUGUGGAAUGCGGUGAAAUUUGCCAUGAAAGCUCUGGGGGACAAAUUUGUGCCGGCAGAGAAGACACAGCUGUCGGGUGAAGAGAGCGUAGCAGACAGGUGGAUUCUUUCCAGAUUGUGUGCCGCAGUCAGCUCGUGUGGCACUGGGUUCGAGGCCUACGACUUCCCCUCCAUCACCACAGCCAUCUACAACUUCUGGCUCUACGAACUCUGUGAUGUCUACUUGGAAAGUGUGAAGCCUGUGUUGAGUCAGCUAGAUGGAGAGAGUGCGAUGCAUCAAGAAGCCAGCAUCUGCAGACAGACGCUGUACACCUGCCUGGAGGUGGGGCUCCGGCUCCUCUCUCCCAUUAUGCCCUUUGUAACAGAAGAGCUCUUCCAACGCCUCCCCCGACGACAACCCUACAACAGCCCACCUAGCAUCUCUGUGACGCCGUACCCAGAAACCUCUGAGUUUUGCUGGCACAGUGUGGAGGUGGACAGGCAGAUGGAGUUUGUGAUGACGGUGGUCCGGACAAUUCGCUCCCUGAGAGCCGACUACAACCUGACCAAGACACGUGCCGACUGUUACCUUCAGUGUAUCGAUUCGGACACUGCUGCCCUGGUGGAGAAGUACAGCCUCCAGCUCCAGACCCUGUCUUACUCCAAGUCCAUUCAUGCCGUCACCGGGGAGGGUGGUGAGAAGGGAGCUAUUCCAGAGGGCUGCGCCGUUGCCAUUGCCUCAGACCGGUGUACCGUCCACCUGCUGCUUAAAGGUCUCAUUGACACGGAGAAGGAGGUGGCCAAACUGACCUCCAAGCAGGCCGAGCUGGAAAAGCAGAUGGAGAGACUGACGGAGAAAAUGCAGAAGACUGACUAUAAAGAGAAGGUCCCUGCUAAGGUGCAGGAGCAGGAUGCUGACAAGCUGCGUCAGAGCCAGAUUGAGUUGCAUAAAGUGAAGGAAGCCAUAGACAACUUCAAGAAAAUGAUGUAACCACCUAUCACUCAUCUACUGUGAGCCAGAGUUCCUUUUCAUCCCUAUAAUACCUUGUCUAGUUUCACUUUGUUUGCUGUUAAUGAGGAAUGUUGCUCUCAUGGAACAACUUCAUAAAAUCAGUCUGUCUCUGUACUUGUUUGCCUUUUAACUCAGUUCCUUAUUUAAUAGUACGACUUCUUAUUUAAAAAGGGAAUUUUAAAUUGUUGUAUCACUUUGAUUCAGUUGCUAAAAACACUUUUUACUUAGGUAACAGGAGUAGCCAAGCAUAGCAAGCUGCUGUAGCAGAGUUUGAUGUGGGACUUGUGCACUGUGGUCUGAGCCAUCUCCUGUUGUGCACAGUUGUACCACUACACAUACACAGCCUUGCUUUUACAAAGCAGUUGCACUGUUUUUGCUUUUCUUUCUUUAAUGCAUUUGUCAGUUUUUACACACUGUACUAAUGAAGAGUUGCUUUAAAAGCUGGAUUGUUACUUAACACGAAACUAUUGCCCUGUGACAGCAUCACCACAUUUACUGGUUCACUGUAGUAAAUGUUUCCCAAGUUCAUUGCCUGGUAGCAACUGUCAAAAUCAAUGCUGGUAUCUUGUUCUGUAAAAUAUUAUUUUGACUUGCACAUAACUGCACUAAUAUAAAAGUGUAGAAAAAU